GAAGCUCACAGCCGCAUCUCCAGUCACAUCCCCUUGAUCAUCCAGUACUUUGUUCUGAAGAUGUUCGGCGAGCAGCUGCAGAAGGCCAUGCUUCAGCUCCUGCAGGACAAGGAGGCCGGCACAUGGCUGCUGAUGGAGCGCAGUGACACCAGAGAGAAGAGGAAGUUCCUGAAGGAGCGGCUUACCAGGCUGGCCCAGGCUCGGCGCAGGCUCGCCAAAUUCCCUGGUUAAUCUGGCUCUGUGCUGCCCUGAGUCUCCCGGACACGACUCUGGAGAGAGGAGGCUGUACCCUUUUCCUGACCCCUACAAUCCUUAGCUGCCUACCUGGUGUUCACUGCAGACAGGGAGCCAGCUCCCUGCUAACGCUGAGGAGAUGAGGAG